AUGGCCAAUAAUAGUACAUCGCAGGCCAUCUCCACGGCAGUAGAAGUUCCCACUCCUGACCGUUUUCCUGAAGCUCCGGCCAUCGCGGCCAUCUCUGUACCUGCGCUGCCAGCGACAUCGAAGGUACGACGAGCCUUGACACCACGAGCACCGCUAGCAACACCACGAGUGGCUCAGCUCAUUUCGCCAAGGGCGCUCAAGAGGAGAAGAGCACCGGCCCAAGUGAUAAUCCGACCAUCGGCAGCAAGCCGCCAGCCCGCUGCCGCUACCAAACCGUCGCCACCAUCAUCGCCGGUCCCCGGUUUACAGCCGGUUUUCACCGCUGUUUCCACAGCCGCACCACCGACGCCAACGUCGCCAGUUCCCGGCUCCCAGCCGGCCUUCUCACACUCGGACGACGAGGAGCCACCUCCCAGGGCCUGCAUCGACUUGCUCCCGUGGAACCUCAAGGAGUUUACACUCUCGCCUCCUAGUCGAACGAGGCCUCCACGGGAAACUCUGUCGCCAUGGGACAUACGCGUCCGAAGAAGGACGAGUCCACGACAGAGGCGAGCUUCCGCCACUCUGCCGCCAAGGACUACGUCGGACAAAGAGAAUGUCCACCAGGGGACCCAGACGAACAUCUCCUGGGGUCUCCCUGUCAAGCGACGAGUCGUCAUCCCCGGAGAAGAACAAGUGGGGGUCCCAUCCGGGUUACGCUCACGAAGCCUCACAUCUUCUACAGGGAGCGGCCUGAUCUGGGACUAA